GCAAGCUUCAGGAGUUGGUGAUGGACAGGGAGGCCUGGUGUGCUGCAGUCCAUGGGGUCACAAAGGGUUGGGCACGACUGAACAACUGAACUGAACUGUGUGUUACGGGAGGUGGUGGGGUGCCAGGCUGUGGCAUCAGAACAUUUGCCGGGCAGAGGAGGUGGCCUUCUUCACGCACCUCAGUGUCUGUGACAUGCUGUCCCAUCUCUGUAGCCUGGAUGCUCUCCUGUGGGUCGUGUGCGGGUGGUGUGUGGUCUGUUGGUCUCAAGGGAGUGAGUUCUAGCCUGGGAGAGAAGGAAGCUCUCUUGAUGAGGAUACUAGGGAAGGGAUGGCCCCAGUGAGUAUAAAAGUGUGUAAGGGGCCAAGCUGAUUAACAUUUAAUUGUUAGAAGUAUGAUCUUGUCCCUGGUCAUGCCUAAGGUGUGUCAUGGAUUUGAGCCUCUGAUGCCGUCUUGCUGUGGGUACUGGUUUCUCCAACUCCAGAAAGCUGCAGCUCUGGUGUCUCCAGAUCUCCCCUCAGCUGGGUUAAUGCACAGAACAGACACAUAAAAACACACUUAUAUGUGAACUCAGGCACAGGGGCGCGCUAAAGUGCAACCUUAUUUGGCACCCCUAAGAACGUACAGUCAAUAAGUUUUUGAAAAGAUGCUUAUCUUUACUGAUAACCAAGGAAGUGCAAGUUAAGACAACAUUGAAACGUCUUUGCCUAUCAGAUUGGCAAAGAUUUAAAAGACUGCUAUCAAAUGCAAUUGGUGAGGGCUGCAGGCAUCCUUACAUGUCUGAUGGGAGCAGAAGUCUGUAUUUCUGGGGGGCCGCUUGGCAGCAUCUGUUUUGAGAUCUUAAGCCCGACAGGUUGCCCCAGCCUGUUUUUUUUGUAUAGCACUCAUCCUGGUGAUUAGAGAUCCAGGCCUGGAAUUACUCAUUUAAAAUGGCAUAUUUACACCAGAAAGUAAUGCAGUGUUGUACGUCCAUUAUAUAUACAUCUAUGUCCAUUAAAUUGAAAUAGCGGAUGUAGGCAACAGUGAAAUUGUCCACCAACAGGAUUAUUAAACCAUGGUGUGUACCACCAGUAAAGGCGUGAGGUAGGUUCUUAUGUGCUUCUCUGAAAAGAAUUUGAAAAGAGCUGAGCACCGAGCAGGCCGUUAAACGAGCGUUUGCUGGAACGUAGACAUGGUCUGGGGGAACUUGUGCCCGACUUCCCACAGGGCGGGGGCGGGGGCUCCCAUCUCUUAUUUCCUUCCUUAAGCGAGCCUGCAGUACUGUUAGGUUUGACUCCCUCUCCACCCACCCCGGUGCUCAGGGAUUGCCGAGAUGCACCCUGGGCAGCCUGGGAGGCAGGCGCUGCUCUGAGCCAGUUCAGUGAGCAGCCCUGCUCACCCACCAAUCGAUGGACGGUCCCCAGGCCCACGUGUGGCAGCCUGCUGUCCCUGGGGGUGGAAGGUGGGGUUUAUGGUGGGUGCUGGUCCCCUCUCGCCCCCCUUAGGCCAGCCGCCGCGCUCUGUGCUCGUGGUUUCAGAUGUGGGCGGCCUGUGUCAGCCUCCCGCGCGAGGCUCACGUCACUGGUCGGUGCAGUUAUCUCCUGAAUCAGGCAGAGGGACUUUGCUGCAAGUGCAGGGGCGGCCGGGUGACAAGCCACCUGCAGGUCUCGGGAGCAUCACGCCUGCCAUGGGCGCCGGCAGCGGCAUCUGGAGAGGUUGGACCUUGCAGAGCGAAGUUCUGAUGCGAGAGGCGGGCAUUUGCUUCCUGCUCUGCGCCUGGCUCGGCCUGGGGGUCCCUGUCCUGGGGGACAGAGGAGGUGAGGGCUGGCUCAGGCUGUGGGGGGUGUGGGUGCAGAGCGUGGCAGGGUCUGGGCUGCUGGUGCUGGUCUUCCGCAGACCAGUUGGAGCUUCGGCCUCACCCGGGGCGCACGGUCAGAGCCCGUCCCCUCGGGGCGCCCAGCCCCGCCGUGGUCACCUUGGGGCUCCUUCUCUCAGGCCUGCCCUGUCAGAGGGGGUCAGCGCCAGGCCCUCCCCCUCCCCUGGCCCUGCCCCGAGGCAGCCACGGUGGACUUGCCACGGUCGCUGUUCCCAGGGCCAGGGCCUGGGGCUUUCACCUGCUACAAUAACAACAUCCUCAGGAUUGAGUGCCGCUGGCCUGGCCCAGCGCCAGGCCAGGGAGCCGGCUCCUGGCUGCUCUUCACCAGCAACCUCGCGCUGGGCAGCGAGCACAAGUGUGUCUUCUGGGCCGGCAUUUGCACCGUGGAGCUGCCGCCCGAGGAGGUCCUCGUGCCUGCUGACAACUUCACCAUCACCUUCCACCACCACGUCUCUGGGAAGGAGCAGGUCAGCCUGGUGGAUCCACAGUAUCUGCCCCGGAGACACGCUGGACCCCCCCUCGGACUUGCAGAGCAACGUCAGCUCUGAGCACUGUGUCCUGACCUGGAGCAUCAGUCCUGCCUUGGAGCCGCUGGCCACGCUCCUCAGCUAUGAGCUUGCCUUCAAGAGGCAGGAGGAAGCCUGGGAGUGGGCUCGGCACAAGGAUCACAUCGUUGGGGUGACCUGGCUCAAACUUGAAGCCGCCGAGUUGGACCCCGGUUCUGCCUAUGAGGCCCGGCUGCGCGUCCAGAUGGCCACCCUAGAGGGUGAGGUGGCGGAGGAAGAGGGAUACAACGGCGUGUGGAGUGACUGGAGCCAGCCUGCCUGCUUUGCCGCCCCCUUGAGACGAGGUCGCCUGGUCCCUGCUCUGGGGCAGGCCGACAGCACCCUGGUCGCUGUGUCCAUCUUCCUCCUGCUGAGCAGCCUGACCUACUUACUGUUCAAACUGUCACCCAGGAUGAAGACAGCCUUGUACCAGGAUGUGCCGUCCCCAGGCCCAUUCUUCCAGCCUCUGUACAGCGUGCACAACGGGGACUUCCAGACCUGGAUAGGGGCCUGCGGAGCCGGCCCAGAGGCCAGCCGGGACCAUGUUGGCCCCCCACGAGGAGCCCUCCAGGAGGCCCGUGUCCGGGAGGCCGUUGCUUUGCUGCACUGUGACCCAGCGGACGCCUGGCCGUCGGCGGGCCUGGAGGAGGAGGGCGGCCCUGGGCCCGGGCUCCCAGCAGGUGUGCUGCCAGCGGGACGCGUGGAGCAGGCGGCGCCGUCGCCCGCCUACCUGCCUCAGGAGGACCGGGCCUCUGCGGGCCACCCCUGGCUGGCGCCCCCCCAGUGUGAGGGCCUCAGCGGCGACUACUGCGCCCUGGACUGCUCUGCGGGGAGCUGACCCCUGCCUUCCCGGGAAGCGUGGAGCUCUGCGCACCCCCCCAACACCGCCCCCCCACCCCCCGUGGCAUUUUCUGUGACUGGUCGAGCCUGGAUUCCCAGCCGGGAGGUGCUGUGUGGACAGGCCCGUGGUGCUGCAGCCUGUCCAUUCUGCAGCUCGUGGACCAGCGGCCCUGGAGCUGACCUGUGACCGGCACUGGACCUCCUGCGCAGGACCACCCAUGCGGUGGUCAGGUGUCGGGUCUGGGUGGAGGCAGGUGGGCUCUCCCCCCACCCCACACCUGUGGGCCUGGGCCUCUGCCCUCAGCGUCCUGCCAUCCUGGCCCCCAUCCACCACUCCCCUCCCUGCUUCCGGGCUUAACCCCAGGCCCCUCGGAGAAGCGAGGUGUUGGGCCCACAGCCUGUUCUGCCCUCAGCCCCUUGAGAGGCCAGUCUGGGCCGCGUGGACACAGGUGAGACGCAGCGAUGAGGCUGAGGGUCCGCUUUCUGUGCCUCCCUGGGCUCCCUCCCCUACCGAGAUUAAACGGGACGAAUGGCUGUUUCAAAUUGCUGAUGGCUGGGGGGCGGGCCCAGAGGACAUGGAGGGGAGCUGCGGUCUGCUGCUCGGGGUUUCUGGGGGUGCUCAGUGACCAGCUCAGGGAGGCCCCCCUGCUCCUCCUCCUCAUCCUCCCAGGGGCCCCAGGAAGCUGCGAGCUAUGGCCAGAGCCCCAAGGGUCAGGGCCAGAGUGACCGCCUGCCGUGGCCUUGGUCUGUGACCUUCUGUCACCUGCCUGUCACCUUCUCCGUGGUCUGGAGAAAGGGGGGCAGGGCAGAGGGCGCCUGUCUGUCCCCCGGUACUGCUGCAGCAGUGUACCACAAGCUGGGUGGCUUAGAACAGCAGAAAUUCAUGGUCUCGCAGUUCUGGGGGCUGGAAGUGUGAAAUCACAGUGUUGGCGGGGCCGCGGGGAUUCCAGUGAGGACCUGACUCAGGCUGUGCCUGGCUUGGGUGAUUCCUGGCUUGAGGCUGCACAGCUCCAGCCUCACAAGGGCCCUGACUUCUGUCCAGGGCCCCUCUUUAUACCAGUGUCAUCACAGUGGAUCAGGGCUGACCUGAAAGACUUGCUCUAUUUUGGCUGAAUUAUGGGCUGAGACCCUGUUUCUAUAAAAGGUCAUGUUAGCAGGUACUGGAGUAGGACUUCCCCUUUCUGGGCAAUGUCCCUGCCUCUGCCAGACGUCUCUGAAUCCUUGCUGGUCCCGGGGUGCCAGGGUCCCUCCGGGGCCUCCCUAGCACUCUCCCUGGGCCUCACACACAGACCCUGUCCCGUCUGACUGCGGGACUUGGGUCUGGCACUGGGGUCAUCUGUUUAGCAAGGGCGGCCGGGCCUGCCCUGAGGUUGGAAGUGCUGACAUAUUGCAGGUGGGAUAGAUGGAGGCCUGUCUCCUGGUUGCUGGGCCGGAGAGGCACCUCCCUGUGUUCUGAGCAGAGAGAAGCAAAGCCUCCCCAGGUCCUGAAGGCACAGGUCCCUCUGGCUCAGACAGGCCCCCCACCCCGCCCCACUGCAUGCUGUAGCCCUGAGGUUUGUGGAGAGCCACAGGCGGGACCAGGCAGGACCCCAAGUGUAUCUUUAGUUUCCAGAGAGUGGAGGUUUGUGGACGGAAGUGAGGCGCAGGCACCCUCUGCUCUAACCAAGGGUAAAAAUACCAGUGUGAAUCCACUUCCUAGAGCCGGCCCUGGGGAGCCCCAGGCCAGUGUAUUUAUAGUCGCAUCUGUGUGGCUCCGGCAGCACAUGUGGGCCUGAGCCCCGCAGGCUAGACGGCUGGGCACCGUGUUCGUUUGAUUCACACACUUGGUCCUGCUCUUGCCUGAGUGAGAAGCCACUUUUAGAGGCAGAAUGCAGAUGGGCCAUGCCUGCCCCUCAGGACAACCUGAGCCAGGUGCCUAUACACAGUGAGGCUCAGGAAACACUAAUUUCCACCUGUUCUGGGAAACGACCCUUGGCAACUGCACACCGAGACCCCAUGAGCCCUGAUGAGGGGUCGCGGAUCCCCAUGCGCCGGUGAAGGAGGCCGGGAAGGUGGCCUGGGACUUGACGAGGGAGCUGCCGGAGGGAGGAGCUGAGUGACAGUGUGGCCGGGGCACGAGUAUCCAGAGGGUGGCGGGCCGGGCCCCGUGGCAGCCGGGCCGUGGCCGGCCCUGAGGCUCUGCCGGGGCGGGGGCUGCCUGGGGGGCUCAGGGCGCUGUGUCUCUGGCUGUCGAUGCGGUGAAGUUUAUAUAGGAUGGAAUGAACCAUUUUAAAGUGUAGGCUCCUGUGACAUUCAGUGCGUCUGUCCUGUCACCUCUGUCUAGUUUUCACGCUGAAGGGAAAGCCUCUAAGCACCCACCCCCUCUCCACCCUCCCUGUGACCUCCGGCCCCCACAGCCCACUUUCUGUCUUAUGAUUUACCUACUGUGGAUAUUUCAUACAAAUGGCGUGGUAUAGUACAUGGCGUUUAGUGUUCUUUUCUUUUCCUCUUAGUGUAGUGGUUCUGAGGUAUGUCCACAUUCUAGUGGACAGUCUAUGGACAGACUGCACGCUCGUCCUUAGACAGAUGUUUGGGUUAUUUCCGCAUUUUCACUCUUGGGAACUGUGCUGCUAUGAAAGAUACUGUAUAAGUUUUUGUUUGAAUACCUGUUUUCAA